UUAUUUUAAGUUUCAGUUCUCAGUUGUAAGAUACAGGAAGCUGAAGCGUCAGGAGGAGGCCUUCAAAUGAUAAACCAUUACCGCCCAGGACACGCUUUAAAAACCAGUGGAUCCAAAUCAAGUCGUCUGUUGCCAUCAGAUUCCUGACGCAAAAUGUUUGCAAGAGUAUUAAUAGUCCUCAUGGUCAUCUAUUGCGCCCGUGGAGAAAAUCCUGCGAUUCGAGUCAUCGUGAGCAACAAAGGACUUCAAUAUGCGGGGCAUGCGGCUGCAGGGUGGAUUCAGGACAAGUUGGAACAAGUCACACUACCUAACAUUACCGGUGAAAUAAGAAGCUUUGUCCACAUAGGAUACACACUCACAGGUGUUACUGUAAGAAAGUGUGACUUUCCGGAACCAUCCUUUGAGUUCUACCAAGGCCUCUCUGCCUUGAAGAUGUCCAUCAAAGGGCUCAAUGUUGCCCUCGCAGGAGACUGGGAGGCCCACUGGGCGUUCAUAAAGGGAGGUGGAUCUUUUCAAAUGGCCUUGUUUGGUGUGGACCUGGUCUCCAUAGUGCACCUGGGGAGGGAUGCUGGUGGACAUCUGUCUUUAACCAGCGCGAAUUGCAGCUCUAAAAUAGACGACAUAGACAUCUAUUUCUAUGGCAACAGGAGCUGGCUCAUCCGGAGUUUUAAGUCCCAAUUCAAGAAACGUAUCAAGGAUCAAAUAAAAGCCAUGAGUUGCCGUGCUGUGGAUGACCUCAUUGCGAACCUGGACCGCCAUCUAAAGGACAUGAAAGUUUACUUUCAGGUGAAUCAAGAGCUCAUUCUAGACUUGCCUCUUGUUGGCCUGCCGAUUGUCACUGCUUCAAGUCUUCACCUUGGACUCAAGGGAGAAUUUUACAGUGUCAAAGGUCCAAAGGAGCCCCCGUUUGUGGCCUUGCCUUUUGACAUACCUGAACAGCCAUCUUACAUGCUGUCAGUGGGCUUGUCUGAGUUCACUGUCAACUCAGCCUCCUUCAGCUACUUCUCGGAUGAUUUACUGCAGGUCUUCAUCAAUGACAGCAUGAUACCUCCAAGCUCACCGGUGCGUCUUAAUACAAACUCGAUGGGUCAAUUUAUUCCACAGCUCCCAAAGAUGUUUCCAGACUUACUGAUGACAGUACAGAUUUACGCCAGAAACACUCCGAUAUUUUCCUUCCGGUCUGGUGCUGUCGCGCUGACCUCGUCGGGCGCAGUCAAGGCCUUUGCCAUCCAGCCUAAUGCCACCCUGACCCCACUGUUUAAACUUCAUGUGGACUCAGAUUUCAGCGGCAAAGCGUGGGUCGCUGAUGGACGGCUGAAGGGCUUGGUGACAAUGGACAAUUUAACUCUGACUCUGGCAGAAACUGAGAUCGGAACGUUUAAGACUGUUGCAUUGGAAGAGCUGGCACAGAAGAUAAUCGAGGCAGCCGUGUUGCCACCACUGAAUGAGGAACUGGCCAGAGGCUUUGCUUUACCACGCACGAAAUAUGCACAACUGGUCAACUCAGUUCUGACAGUAGAAAAGGGAUUUGUAGCUUUUCGUUCAGAUGCCCAGCUGCUGGAGAAGGACACAAUUUUCAACUGAGCACAUGAUGUGUGACUCACGAUGAAGCCUCAUGCACUCAACGCGCUUUGCACAUUUUAAUGCUAAUGAGAAAUCGCCAUGCUAGACGGAUCAUAUUCCCACAUGCUCAUAGUUCUUUGUCAUAGAUGGAUAGUUUAUCCGUAUCUAUGUAGUUGCUGAAGUUUCAUUCAUUAGAGACACACCAUACAUUUUUUUAAUUUUAUAUUGAUUCUGGUGUUCUUGGUUGCGUUGAAAGAUUGCUUUAAAUAAAACACAUUUUUCUUCUGCCA